GCGUAUAGCACUUGUGAUUGUGAAACGGGGUCUGACGUUAGUUAUUGUUGGAAUUUCUGAGAAUUUUUGAGAGCAAAUCAGCAAAAUUUAAAGAUGUAUUCCAGAAUCCACAUUCCUCGAAAGUGGUUCAUGAAUGAUUUAUCAAUCCGCAAAAGCACAACAUUUUAUUCCCUUUCUUCUAAGGGAAAACAUAACGUAGGAACGUCUUCUAAUUCUGCCGCAGCAGCAUCUACCAGCACCAGCACCGGAACACAACAACAGAGUGCGCCUGAACCGCGGGGACAAGAGUUCCAAGUACCUCCGUUCAAGAGAGCUCAGCGAGGGAAUUUCUUUCAAGAACAACCUCGGCUUGGCAAUGUCUAUCGUGAAGAUGCAGCAUUGCAGUCUUAUUUGAACAGAUACAUUUCAGAUGAAGCAGCUCUGUCACCCAUUGAAGAUGACUUGGAUAGAUUUGGAGAGCGGGUGGGGGAGGAGAUUGAAGCCCUUGGCAACCAGUGCGAGGAGAAUCCACCUUAUGUCAAGCACUAUGAUGCAUGGGGGAAUCGUGUGGAUGAGUUAAUCACAUGUGAAGCAUGGAAAAAACAAAAGGCCAUAGCAGCUGAGGAAGGGAUCGUGGCUAUUCCAUAUGAAAGGAAAUAUGGAUCUUGGAGCCGUGUUUAUCAAGCUGCAAAAAUGAUAUUGUAUGGGCCCUCAUCUGGUCUGUAUUCCUGUCCUUUGGCUAUGACUGAUGGAGCUGCUAAGAUCUUUGAGAAUGAUAGUGGGCUUUCAUCUGAGUUGCAACGGAGUGCCUUUGGUCAUUUGACAUCUCGGAAGCCUGAAACAUUUUGGACAUCUGGACAAUGGAUGACAGAGAAGAAAGGAGGAUCCGAUGUAGCUGGCGGAACAGAAACAUUGGCCUACCCACAGAACGAUGGAUCCUUCAAUCUCCAUGGUUACAAGUGGUUCUCGUCAGCCACAGACAGUGAUAUGACUUUAACUUUAGCAAGAAUUGUAGAUGAUGAUGGCCAAUAUAAAGAGGGCACCAGAGGACUAUCUUUGUUUUACCUUGAAACUCAUACACCAGAAGGUAAACUGAACGGUAUAGAGAUACACAAACUGAAGAACAAACUUGGCACCAGGCAACUUCCUACUGCAGAAUUAUUAUUAGAUGGGACUAAAGCACAUCUUGUGUCUGAACCAGGGUAUGGUGUGGCCUCUAUCUCUCCUAUGCUGACUGUUACUCGCUACACCAAUGCAGCUAAUGCUGCAGGUGCGAUGAGAAGGAUGAUGCUCAACGUGAGAGACUACUCGUUCAGGAGGAAAGCAUUUGGGAAGUUGAUUGUUGACUGGCCUCUUCAUGUACAAACUAUGAGCAGAAUGGAGGUGGAGACAAGAGGAGCCAUAGCUCUGCUCCUGGAAUGCUCCCAUCUCCUUGGCAAGGAAGAGACAAAGGAAGCUUCUGAGGAUGAUCUCAACCUUCUCCGUCUUCUCAUCCCAGUUGUCAAACUCUACACCGGCAAACAGGCUGUCAGCAUUGCCUCUGAAGGUCUAGAGAGCAUUGGUGGACAGGGUUACAUAGAGGAUACAGGUCUCCCAAAGAUACUUAGAGAUGCUCAGGUGUUGAGCAUCUGGGAAGGCACUACAAACAUCCUUUCCUUGGAUGUACUUCGCUCUAUCGUCAAGAGCCAAGGCCAAACUAUGGAGACAUUCCUUAGACAAGUCCAAACACGCUCUGCUCCAUUCAUCACUGCCUCCAACCAGGACAUUCAAUCAACAGCCAAGCUCAUUGGGCAGUCAUGCAAUAACCUGAAGAAUUUCUUGAUGGAAGCAGCCAAUCAGGAUGCAGGUUUCAUGGAGCUGGCUGCCAGGGACUUUGCCUACAGUAUUGCAAGAACAUACACUGGAUUGCUGCUAUUGGAACAUGCUACAUGGGAACGGGCCAGUGUGGAAGAUAUUGCUGUAGCUAAAAGGUGGUGCCAAAUGGAUAUGUGUCCAGUUUCAACCCAGCAUGCAACAGGAACUUAUUCAAUGGAAGCAAGCUCGCUGGACUACAGAACAGUCAUGGCAGGUUACCAACAAAAAGAUUAAUCUGAGAAAAACAUAAUGAACAAUGGAUAGUGAGUGAGAGAGAGAGUGAGAGAGGGGGGGGGGAUGGGGAGUGGCAAGGGAGAGAAGAGAAGGUGGAUGAGAAUAUAAAUGGAAGUGGGACAGAGUGGGAGUGAGAGAAAGAGAGAUUGGGUGGGAAAAUAAAUAAUUGAAAUAGGGAGGGGGAGACAACAGGGUAAAAUUUAUAUAGCCAAAUGCAGCUGUAAAUAAUAUAUUUUUGUUGAAUUUUUCACAUUUAUGCUUUUAAGAUAUUGAUUUAGCUACUGUAAAUAAUCACAAAUCGUUGAUUAUGAUCAUGAUAUAUACAGUGCUUUAAAUGCUGAAUUUACAUCUGCAUGAAAAUCAGCAUUGAACAGAUAUAUUUGCAUUUAUAUAUUUUGAUGUAUCUUUUUAGAUACUGCCUAGUAUACACACAAAUGUUAGUUUAUUUUUAUGAGAUGAACCAAUUUGUUUUAUUAGACAACUCAAAUAGAGUGACAGAUUGAAUAUGCGGGUAUUUAGGUAAACCUUCGUAGAUGUGAUCAUUUUAAAUGGAAAUUAUUCCUGUUGCAUCACAAAGGUAACUAUGAUGCUGAUCUAUUGUGUGUGUACAGAGGUGGGAGGGCAUUGCAAGAAAUCUCAAUAUCAUUUGUUAGGUCACCAAAUCAAUUAUAAAUCUUGUAAUUGAUAGCUAAUAAGCAAUUCAUUGCUAGUCUGCUUUCUUGCAACAGAAAGCGUCAAUCAAUUCAACUCCUAUAUCUAUAAUUCAUGUAGAUUUAUUAAUACAAAAUUUGCAAUUGACAUAAUUACCUGUAAUUACUGUAUAUGCAAUAAGCUCACUGAAUUACUGUUAAGAUAUGAAAACCAUUUAAUGACUUUACUCUGGAGUUACAGUUUUGGUCUCAAAAGAUUGAUUUGUUUGGGUCACUUAUAGAGUAAUUUGGGUUUUGUCUUUAACCAGACAUGUCCAGAAAGGAUAGUGACCAUUUGCCACUAAUUAUAUGAAAUUGUUAAAAAAAACUGGUGAAGUAAAGCUGUAAAAUGCAUGAUUUAAUCCAUUUAUUUUAUUGUGAAGUUGUCAAAUUAAUUAAGAGUUGUUGCAAAAUUAAUGAUUCCAUUACUCAUUUUUUAGUGUACUUCAGGAUAGUGAUUAACAUGAAAGGACAUUUUAUCAGACAAGUCCACUUGAACAGUUACCAUAAAUGUUCAGUGUUUUUAAGCCAAUUAUAAUCACCAAAAGUUGUCAGAUCUGACAUUUUGUCAGACAAGUAAGUGUUGAUGGAAUGCUAUCCUGGCCACCAAACAUACUGAGUGAGUUAGAAAAAGUUCAGAAAAAAAUUGACAUGACAGCGAAGAAAACCUUUUGAUUAUCCAAGCAUUCUUCAGUACAUAAAAUUGGUAUCAAAUUUUUUCGACAACAUACUCAGGAUGUUUUUUAU